UUUUUACCCUUAUGUCUACGCCAACGCCACUUGUCUCCUCAUAAUUGGGGCGUCCACUCUUUAGGCUGUGGCCCCACCCUGCCACAGUAGUUAGGGACCCCACGACGGAGGGAGGAGGGAUGGGAAGAAUCGUUUAUUCUGGAAUGGUGCUCACAGGCCCCUUUUUUUCCUUAGACGACAGCGUCGCACCCCCGACCACCACCACCUUGGGCACCACUCCGCGCUUCUGGGCGGAGGGACCCCGGCUGACCUGCUGUCCCGUAGUCCCGACUUGAGGACACCUGGCUCAGCCUGUCGGGUGGGAGGCGGGGCUGGACACACACCCCCGCCCCGAGAAGACGGGAGGACCGUGGCUCGGGCCUUGUCCGCCGCUUUGCCACCAGCGGCAUUCCCCCCGCCCCACCCUCAACCCUGAGUCUGGCGCGCUGCCUCGGCCUCCGGCCUGGCCGCGGCGGUAGAUGGAGCCUUCAGGGGGCCGAUAUAGCCUUGGGGGAAAGGGGUGCACGUGCACAGGGCGCAGAGAUGGGCCUUCCCUUUCCCCUCGAGGUCUCUCCCGCACAAGAGAGCAGCGUGGGUCCAGUGAGGGAGGCCAUUUGGGUCCUCCUCUGGGGAUUGGAACCUCCCAUCUUUUUUCCAUCUUGUCUUCCCGCUGCCUGUGUAACCAUUGCAUCAGGCCAGCCCCCUGUUUGGCUCUGAAGGCCUCUGGCCCGAGGUUCCCCUGCUGAUGAAAGCGGCUUCUCACACUUGCUGCAAGGCGAGGGAGGCUUCCCCAGAGAGCACAGCCCUGCAGAGAAACACCCAGGACAAGAUUGCAUCUGCAGUCCCCGGGGAGAGGCUGCUCUCUACCGCUCGGCUUGGUGGUUUAUCCAUUCACAUGUAGUAAAUAAUGAGCACCUACUGUGUGCCACAGUUUUGGAUCCUCGGCACAUCACAGCUGUGUGCUUCAGCGGAAGGAAUGAACAAGUUCCCAUGGCAGGAAGAAAAGCGAGGGGAGAAAGGAGUGGAGAAUGGUCACCUGUUCGAGAAGGAAGUGUAUCUUCAUACAUCAUCACACCUGAAAGCAGAUCUGAUCCACCUGCAGAGAUGGCAGCAGAGCCACUGCCCUUCUCCUUUGGGACAGUGUCGAGCUGGGAGCUGGAAGCCUGGUAUGAGGACUUGCAGGAGGUCCUGUCCUCUGAUGAAAAUGGGGGGACCUAUGUCUCGCCCCCUGGAAAUGAAGAGGAAGAACCCAAAACCUUCACUACGCUUGACCCUGCCUCUCUGGCUUGGCUGCCUGACGACUCAGGACCCGCAGAAGUCACCAACACCUCCCAGAGCCCGCGCUCUCCAGAUUCUAGUCAGAGCUCCCUGGCCCAGGAGGAAGAAGACUACCGAGGAAGAACCAGGAAACGAAAACAAAGUGGCCAGUGCCCCGCCCGGGCUGGAAAGCAGCGCAUGAAGGAAAAGGAACAAGAGAACGAGAGGAAAGUGGCACAGCUAGCUGCAGAGAAUGACCGGCUCAAGCAGGAAAUUGAGCGCCUCACCAGGGAAGUAGAGGCAACCCGCCGAGCUCUCAUUGACAGGAUGGUGAAUCUACACCAAGCAUGAACAGUCAGUCAGUCCUCUUUGGGCCACUACUUACCUUCUUCCACAGAAGUGGCUAUGGGCACAUUUUCACACUGUGCCAAUGAUGUAACCCAUAAUUAUACAUACUCCAUAAGGGAGAGACAAAGAGAGAGAUCUCGGCUUGUAUAUAAGGAUUGUAAAUUAAUUUAUUAUUGUCUUGCCAUUAAAAGUGACUUUGCAAACCAA